AUGUUGCGCAGAAAAUACGGGAAUUCACAUCGAAGCGGCGGUCACAGGUGGGAAAUCUACCCCAAAUCAGAAAUCGAUUCCCCUCUGGAUAUCGAAAGUGCUAUGUCAGAGUCAAACCAACUCCGCUACAACCGAGCUAAAGCGAAUGAUGUAUUGGAUCAGCGCUACGGUUUCGAGCCCUUUACUGGACCGGGUGAACGCUUCGGAUGGCUUUUUAACAUGCACCCAACAGAUGUCCUUGAUGACUCCAAAAAUCUCGUCAGUGCUGUUGAUUUUUACUUCAUUCAGUCUGAUGAUAGACGUUUUAAAGUGUCUCGACCUUAUUUACCUUACUUCCUUGUCUCUGUGGAUGGUGAUCAAGACGUCGAAACAGAGGUGACAACAUUCCUUUCACGUGAGUUUGCGGGUCGUGUUGUAAGAAUAGAGGUGGUAGAAAAAGAAGAUUUAGACAUGCCCAACCAUUUGAUUGGAUUAAAGGCUCGCUAUCUAAAACUGUCCUUUCAGAGUGUAGACGAGCUUGUCCGAGUAAGAAAAGAGAUUUCAUCACACGUUAGACGCAAUAAGGAGGUUCAAAAUGAUCAAUCAACUUACACAGACAUGUUGGGUCAGCAUUUCCAGGACCCUACCGACUGUGGACCUUCUGGCGCUCAUCUGAAAGGUCGAACAAUGAAGAGCGCCUAUGAUUAUCUCACAGACAUUAGGGAGUCUGACGUGCCAUAUCUGAUGCGUGUCUCUAUAGAUUUGGAUAUUUUUGUUGCUCAUUGGUAUACUGUUAAAUGUCGACCUGGCCAGCUUCCAGAGUUUCGCAGAACUGAAGAAACCGUACCAUGGCCAGAACCCGUUGUUCUUGCCUACGACAUAGAGACCACUAAACUGCCUCUUAAAUUUCCCGACUCGUCAGUGGAUCAGAUCAUGAUGAUCUCUUACAUGAUCGAUGGCACUGGUUUCUUGAUCUGCAACCGAGAGAUCAUUGCGGAAGACAUUGAAGACUUUGAAUUUACUCCGCGCCCGGAAUUUCCUGGCCACUUCCGUGUCUUCAAUGUGGCUGAUGAGGAGGCUUUAAUUCGACACUUUUUUGAUCAUAUUCUUCGCGUAAAGCCAACGGUGAUGGUCACUUAUAACGGUGACUGUUUUGAUUGGCCAUUCGUUGAAGCAAGAGCAGCUGUCUACAACAUCAGCAUGUAUGAGGAAAUUGGUUUCUGUCGUGUGAAAAGUGGACCUAGUCCGGGACGAGAUCCAAAGGCUGGUGAUUAUCUCGCAAGACCAGCUGUUCACAUGGAUUGUUUCCGUUGGGUCAAACGUGACAGUUACCUACCAGUUGGUGCUCAUGGGUUGAAGGCCGUUGCAAAAGCAAAACUCCACUACGAUCCAAUUGAAAUGGAUCCUGAAGUGAUGUGUCUCAUGGCUAGAGAGGAUCCUCGGACCCUGGCUAACUACUCUGUUUCUGAUGCUGUAGCAACGUACUACCUCUACAUGAAGUAUGUUCAUCCCUUCGUUUUUGCCCUUUGCACUAUCCUCCCAGUGAAUCCGGAUGAUGUUUUGAGAAAGGGGUCGGGAACACUUUGUGAGGCCCUUCUAAUGGUUCGCGCUUAUGAGGCUAAGGUAGUUUUUCCACAUAAGCAGUCUGCUGGAGUUUCAUACGAUAACAUUCUCAGUCAAUCUACUCUUGCGCACUCUUUCACGGAGGAUAAUAGACUUAUUGACUCAGAGACCUACGUGGGUGGCCAUGUGGAAGCUCUUGAAGCCGGAGUCUUUCGUGCCGAUAUACCCGUACGAUUUCGUAUCAUCCCAGCGGCCUGUGAACGACUUCGUGAGAAUGCUCGUCGUUGCAUCACUUAUGCGCUUUCCACAGAACUUGACGCAAAAGAUCCCAGUUUGGUAGAAAGCCUUGUGAGGAAGGAGGACUUUGAGAAGGUCUGUUCUGAAGUAGAAAGUGCUUUAACUCACCUUUCGGCGAUGCCAAACCGUGUCGAGUGUCCAACAAUCGUCCACCUAGACGUGGGAGCCAUGUAUCCCAAUAUAAUUCUCACCAAUCGGCUUCAACCCUCAGCCGUCACCGCAGAUCCAAAUAAACACUGCUCAGGGUGUCAUUUUUAUAAACCAGGGGCAGCUUGUCGACGGUUCUUGACUUGGAGAUGGCGGGGUGAAAUCUGGACGGCGAGUAGAGCCGAAGUCUAUCGGAUUCAGGCACAGUUGCAACAAGAACGUUUUUUUGUAAAAGGAGAAGAGACUCCCAUUCCAUUCCAUCAGCUUAACAAGGAGGAACAGGUAACGAUGGAGAGAAAAAGGCUUUCGGAUUUCUGUCGCCGUGCUUACAAAAGAAUCCAUACCACAAGGACCGAGGAAAGAGUAGCAAUGGUGUGUCAACGCGAGAAUUCGUUUUACGUUGACACGGUGAGAGCCUUUCGGGAUCGAAGAUACAAGUUCAAGGGAAUGACGAAGGUGUGGAAGAGGAAAUUGGACGAGGCAAUAGCAGCAAACAAAGCGGGAACGGGAGAUCCCGCGGAAUUGAAGCAGGCCAGUGCGUUAGUAGUACUCUACGACAGUCUUCAGUUGGCGCACAAGUGCAUUCUCAACUCAUUCUAUGGUUACGUGAUGCAGAAGGGCGCGAGGUGGCAUUCCAUGGAGAUGGCCGGUGUGGUGUGUAACACGGGAGCAAAUAUUAUUACGCGAGCUAGAGAGUUGAUUGACCAGAUUGGUCGCAGUUUGGAAUUGGACACUGAUGGCAUCUGGUGCAUACUACCUGCUAGUUUUCCGCAAAACCUCACCGUUCGCUUGGCUAGUGGUAAACGUCUCUCCAUAUCCUAUCCAGGUGCCGUGCUAAAUCAAAUGGUUCGGGAUCUCUUCACCAACCACCAAUAUCACGAACCUAUCUCCGGUUCAAAUCUGUCCUAUCAGGUCCGCUCGGAAAACACUAUCGCCUUCGAAAUUGAUGGUCCCUACCGUGCUAUGGUGUUACCUGCUGCUCGUGAAGAGGGCAAGCGCUUAAAGAAGCGUUAUGCUGUCUUUAAUUUUGACGGAACUCUGGCGGAGCUCAAGGGGUUCGAGGUGAAGCGGAACGGGGAAUUGCAGUUGAUCAAGAUAUUUCAAUCCUCCGUUUUUGAAGCCUUUUUACAUGGCUCAAGUCUGACUGAGGUGUAUGCUGCAGUAGCAAAAGUCGCUGAUCAUUGGUUAGAUGUGUUACAUGCGCAUGGAGCGGGAAUUCCGGAUUCGGAGCUAUUUGAUUUGAUCGCAGAGAAUAGAAGCAUGUCGCGAAGGUUAGAGGAAUACGGUUCGCAGAAAUCGACUUCAAUCAGCACAGCGAAACGGCUCGCGGAGUUCCUCGGCGACGCAGUGGUGAAAGAAGCGGGUCUUUCCUGUCGAUUCGUCAUAGCUAAGCAACCAGAACAAGCACCGGUGACAGAAAGAGCCAUUCCGUUGGCUAUUUUCCAAGCUGAUCCCUCUGUGAAACGUCACUUUCUACGCAAAUGGUUGAAGGACCCUAGUGUUAGCGCGGAUGUGGAUCUUCGUACUAUCCUUGACUGGGAUUACUACUUGGAGCGUUUGGGGGGUGCUAUACAAAAGAUUAUCACGAUUCCUGCAGCUCUUCAACAGGUAGCUAAUCCGGUGCCGCGUGUGGCCCAUCCGGACUGGUUACACAAACGACUGCAUGAGAAGGCGGACGCGUGUCGUCAACUAAAGCUGACGGAACUCUUUACCACAUCGACUCCUGUAAAUACAUUUGAUACUGUUGCGGAUAUUGAAGAUGCAUCAGCAGGCUCGUCAAGACCGUCAGUUGUGGUGUCAACUCCAAGAGUAACGAAAAAGCGAAUCUUGGGAACUACUCAAGCGCCUUCAGCACCACCAAGGCAUUGGAGAGAGGUGUUAGGUGAUCCACCAAAACUGAAAGAGGUUGGAACUCGUGUGUGGUUGGAGUUUCAUCAGCAGAAGUGGAAGUUGCAAGCGGAACGGAGGAAUUGGUUAAAGGAAAGUGGCAUCAGUGAUAGCGGUGGUGUCUCACUGGCAAAACGAGUCAGGGGGCUUGGUGGUUUUAUAACACGUACAAGAGCUGCAUUGUCACAGUGUGUUUGGCAGAUAAUCGAGACAGUUCCAAGUUUGAGUCAGCCAGGUCUGUAUACCCUCUGGAUUUACGUUCACUCCCCUUUGGACACCUUUUCUAGCGGUCCUCAACUCCACUCUAUCCCUCUUCAUCUUCCACGUCACUUCUACGUUAAUCAACGGGUUGCCAAGGCACAAGAGUCCGGAACAUUCUAUCGAAAAGUCUCAUCCACCAUCAAAGGAGAUAUCCGUGGUGGGAGUUCAGCUGUCACGUCACUCUCCAACUAUACUCUUCCUCGCUCCCAUCCCGUUUACCAUCUAUACGAAUACACAGUUCCCGAGGAUGUCUACUCUUCUCACGCUUCUGAUAUUGCGGCAGAUUUAGCUAGGCCUGAGGUGGAGGGCGUUUACGAGCUUCGAGUUCCACCGCUUUUCCGUCUGCUAGCGAAAUUGGGAUGUCUCUGUGCAGUUGCACGUAGCGGACGACAACAGGCGAGAAUGAUGGAAGGUAGUGGUGGCGUGGAUAAGGGCUUCCGAUUGGAACAGCUUGAAUUUCGGUCGCUGGCUCAGCAUACGUACUUGGAAGGGGGAGAGGGAGGGUGUCGAUUUAGGAAGAUGUUCCUCUUUUACUAUCAUGAUGUGGGACAAGUGAUGCCUCGAAGAGAGGCGCUGAGACAGAUGUACUUUCUAGUAAUUCCAUGGACUCAACGCGCAUACAUCUGUGUAGUCGACACCUCACGAAUCAACAAACUGCCUAACAACCUGGACCGCUUGUACUCCCGUGCUUUUGUAAAACACACCUCAUCUGGCCCCUCCACUACUCUUCCACCCUCUCUCACCUUUGAAACUCGUAUUGAGACUGAUCCUCCUACUGCUCGACGCAUCGUUCAACGUUGGAUUACCUCGGCGAAUCAAGAACGCGGCCGAGGUUUCUCAACUCGUCACGAUGAAUUUGAAGGAGAAGAAGAGAACGAAAAUCCCUCCUUUGUCGAUAACGCUCCCAUCAUCGUUCUUCUCCAUUCUCCAUCCUCGUCAUCCACUUUUACAUCUAGCGUAGAUGCGCCCUGGCCUCUAGGCGAAGCAAUGGUAAAUCGACGGAGGACUCCUCAGUUGGCGUCUCUUGCUGAGAUGCCAGUUGUGCCGUUGGGUGGAACUGGCGAUGAUGAGGGCGUAUCAGGAGACGCUCUGGACGAUGCAUAUAGCGUUCUCAAGUGGCAGGAUACUGUUGUUAAGCGUGCCAUCAAGUUUUAUUUGCAGUCGGAGGCACGAUUUGAAAAUCAGUUGGAGUUAGCUCGGUAUCUCCACAUUCCGGUGGGAAAUGUGCCGGUUACCGACACACCAGUUCGAGUACAAACGUCUGGAAACAGUGCUCCGGCUGUCACAACUACAGAGUUCGGAUGCGACCUUUUCUUUGCGCGUCAUUUGUGGAAGUCGAACCAAAUUUUGUGGGCUUCGGGUUCGACGCAGCCGGAUUUUGGUGGAAAGGAGGUAUAUGACCAGAGACUGCUGCUGGAAAUGGAGGAGGCUAACGUGAUGGAGAUAAAUCGGGCCGGUUGCUACCGUUAUGUUUGCGUGGAUCUGGAACUAUCCAAUCUUGCAGUGAACACAAUGCUUGUUGCCAACCGCAUUCCAGAGUUGGAGGGUGCCAGCGUAUUGACCUUCGAUCGCCUCCUCCCCGCUCAACAGUCUAUUGAAGAGCAGUUGCAACGUGGGGUUAACGUGGGUGCGCAAAUUACGAAUUAUGACGAGACUGCUGCGUGUUCAUCGGCUUUUCGGGUGCUUCGGACCAUGGUUGUAUCGUUGGUGAAGGACGUGACUCAAUUCCAAAACCCUCUGGCUGAUGAACAGAUUAUAUACUUCUAUCACUGGUUGCGCUCCUCUACCUCCCUUCUCUACGACCCGGCGCUUCGACGUACCCUGCAGAAACUCAUGAAGAAGGUCUUUCUAAAGUUGGUGGACGAUUUGAACCAAACUCAUGGUUUGGAUGUGGUUUACGCCAACUUCAGCCGCCUUAUUCUUUGCACUCACCAGCUUGACGUUGUUGAUGCCCUUCCACGAAUUGAUGGUCUUUCUCGAAUGCUUCAAGCAAAGCCAUUUUUCUCACAUUUGGAUCUUCAAUACACUCGCGGAUGGCAUCAACUCCUGUGGUACGACCCAGCUAACUACGCGGGUCUCAGGAUCGAUCUGGAAACCACUAUGCUUCGCGAUUCUUCUCAGGUCUCAGAGAAGUCAUCAAGUCCAAAGUCUAACAAAAAAGUGGAAGUCGAAGUCGACAUGUGGUGGCAUAUGGCUCGUUACCUCCCAAAAUCUCGUGGUAUUCGAGCCAAAUUCCAUACAUUAAUCGCCGGCUACCUUUUGGCUACUCAUAGGGCUGUGCUAAACGAAUCUAACCGCUUGACUCAAGCCGCUGUCACCAGUCCGGACGAUGCUCUGGUGGAUGCCACGCUUACUCCUGGCGUUCUUGACUUUCUCGACCGUCUCGUACGUGAACAAAUUGGACCAGAGAUGUACAGCUUUGUUCAACGCUUGAGAAGAAAAGGUGGGCCUUGGUGCUCCUCUUAUGACAUCGGUGGCGGUUUUAGCAGCGCUGAUAUUGCCGCAUACUUGGAUGAAGUGGGCCCUGAGACAGAGAUGGAGACGGAAGAAGUGAUGCCUCCUCUGCUUCCGCCACAUCCAGCAGAACUGGGAGAACGGAGUGAACGAGUUCGACUAACUCCAAUCUGCGAUUUUGUAAAGAUGUUGAGUCGAGUUCUUUCCCUAGAUACAUGUAUCAGUAGGCAGGUGGGUGAGAUGCAGAGUGACCUGUUUCGUCUUCUCGGAGUAGGCGAAUUUUCGCCUGAAGCAACGUGGUAUGCACCUCACGAAUUCAGCGGUGAAGAUGGAAAAGAAGUGGGGGCUAGAUCACUGCUUGUUUACUUACCUGAAGUGGCAUGUGAUGCAUGCAACUUUGUCCGAGAUUUGGAUAUCUGUCGAGAGAGACGUUUGGCUCGGCUGCCGGAUAGUAGUGGUGGCAUGAUGUGGGUCCCUGUUUGUCCGCACUGUGGAACGCCAUAUCCUCGCGCGGCUAUUGAAGCAGGCCUAAUGGGUCAACUAGAACACUUUGUGAAACAGUUUAUUCUUCAGGAUCUCCAGUGCCCCAGAUGUAUCUCUGGUGGCGGCAUUCAAGAAUCUUUGAUAGCCCGUGGUGGAUCUUGCGGUCGUUGUGCUGAUUGUGCUACCCCGCUGGAACAAACUUUUCGUGGUGGUCGAGCCUUCAUUCGCCGCCGACUGGCUGUCUACUUAUCCAUCAGCCGCACCUUCAAUCUGCUCUCCCUCAAACUCACUUCUAGUUGGCUACUACAGGGAGUUGAGAGUUGA